AACAUUCAGGAAUUUUAAGGACUUUCCAUUAGUUAAGCGUAACUGUGGUAUGAUCAUUUUUAGCGUGCGUGUUCAGUUGCGAUGCGAAGUUUCGCAAAGCGGUUGAAGAUGCGUUGUUUUUGUUAAGUUUCGUGAUUUCAAAACGUAAUUCGCCCGGUACAGGAAUUACAAUCCGAUUUUUAGUAUACUUAAAAAUGCCACCGAAGAAAACCGGUAAUCAACAGUCAGUGAAAGUACUCAUCGAACGAAUCAACGUUUUGACUGAGAAUUUCCGCUCCCGACCGACAAAUACUGGCGCAAUCAAACGACCGGCCACUUCUCCGGAUCCGCCUAGUCCUCCCAAAGCGGUAAGGUUUGUCGAACCAACAAUCCCGGAUGCUCCAAGGAUCGCUUCCGACGACCUGGCGGAUAAUCCGUACGCGCAGGAGAUUUUCAUGUACAAAACCAACGUUCACGACGUGGUGACACGGAUUGUCCUGGCGCGGGAUGGUGAAGAGGGCAUGGAGAGGAGGGUACGUAAAUUCAAGAGGAAGCUCUACCGGAUGUUUGCCAAUGAACCGAAGAAUCGCAUCCGGUAUCCGUUGGAUUUGGUACGAUUCGAGAGCUCCUACUACGAGUAUCGGUUCUUUUUGGCGCUGCACAAACCGUUGCACAGUGAUGAGCAGUAUCAGGAUUAUAAGGAGCAGCUGGUCGCUGCUGGGAUUGCCGAGAGCUGGGUCACCAUGAGGAAAAAUAAUCGGCUGCUGGUGUAUGAGGACAGAAUAGUGCAGAAGUUGAAAGGCAAAUUCAAAGAAUGGAGUUUGAAGUUGGACAAAUUGGAUUACUACCUAAUGGACAUGCACAGUAAACAACCGGUCCCGAAAGUGCCAAAGAUCGUUGAAGCGACAACUGAAACCGUGGUGAGCACACCCAGCGAAAGUGAAGAUAAUUUAUUGGAACAGAUUUUGAAGCACUCCAACGCAAAUGAGAGAUUCACGAGCCAUCAGAUACGAGCACUGUUUCCGCAUAUUUUGAGGAGUUUGGAACACUCAGAUGAUAUGCAAUGGCUGAUAUUCGAGAACGAUGAACUGAACAAGCGUUUCAAACUGGGGGAUUAUGCGCCAAUCGUCCCGCAAGAAGCUGAAGAGGUUGUUAACGUUCCUGAGGUGGAAUCUCAGGCGGAAAGUGUUGCGUCCAAUAGUCGGUCCAGCAGUGUGGCAUCUCCAGAUUCGGAAAUCGCUCAAAUGCGCUCCGAAAUGGCCAUGACGCAGCCACGGGAGCUGAUACAGUUGGAAAGCUCCCGUUUUGUAGAUACACAGGCUCUGGUGAAUGUCUUGGAGCAGUCUGAGAACGUAGCUGUUGGUGAGAGUCAGCAACAGGUUGAAGAGUUGGUCGAGCCGAUAGUUGCUGAAGAAGUACAGCACGAGCUCUCUCCAAUGAUAACUCCGGCUCAGGUCGAAGUGAUUGAGAUAUCCGAUUCUCCAAUGCAUGAAGAUGAUGAAAUCCAAAUCAAAGAAGAAUUUCUCUACACUCUGGACUACUUCAGAAAAUUCACCAACAUUGAACAGUAUAUUAUGCAUGAAAUCAAGCAGAAACAUCCCAAAACAUAUGAGAAAAAGUUGUCAAAGUUAGAUCAAUACGUAGAGCGAUACUACAAGAGUGCGAUGCCUUUAUUGCUGAAAAACCAGUUGCCUCCAAAUUUGCGACUUUUGUCGCGAAAGGAACGCAAACAACGACAAGCCUCAAUGGUUGAAACUGGACAGCGGUUGAACACCUCAGGAUCUUCUUCGGUUAUCUCAGAACUUCCUCCACCAACAACUCAAAGCGAGGAGGUAAGCCCUAUAACAGAGACUCCUUUCGUUCCGAGAGUUCCACGGAAAGCAAGACUAAUUGUCUACGAAGAAGAUGAAGAUGACAUAUCAACUCAACCGAAUUUGCCGGCUGACACUCUACCGAUGCCUAAUACGGAAGAUUUCCUACCUCCAGUAUGCUCCACCCAGUUACCUUGUGAAUCUCUAGCUUCACCGCCCCGUAGAAGGGAUACACCCUUCAACUCUCCGUCUGUCUCAAUAGUUCCUAACCAAUCACCUUCACGAUUAGCUCCCGCCAUCAACGACAGCCCUAUAGCUCUACCGCCAAUCGUUGUGCCUACAGAGACCCUUCCAGUACCAACAUUACAUAACAUUCACCCUCCAAGAUACUCCACACAUCAUCCGAACGAAUCGGAAGCAAUACCGCUCAACCGACAGGACACACCGUUAAACUCAGCUCUGCGACUUUCGACUUCGUCCUCCCACGUUCCGACGCCAGCCUUCGAUUCGAGCUCAAGCAUGGAUGGAACUGUUAUCGUUAACACAAAAUCUCCUCGGAAGGACACCUCGAUCAAACGUGAGCUCAACACCACUUCUUACGAGGACGAGGUGGAAUUUGUGGAAGUCCCCAAUAGAUCCAUCCUGAUUGAGGACUCCAUCGAGCUCUUACCAGGGGCCCUACUCGAAAGACAACCCAGCAAUAGUUGCUUGGCAGCUUUCCCCGACAAUUUACGGGGCAUGGUGAGCACACUGUUCCGGGAGACUCGGGACACCACUCUGUCGCAGGGAAGCGGCGCUAGCAGUUCGGGAAGUGGAGAGGCCCCAGCUGAGACGCAGCCGAUGGGGUUUCACCAGUCGUCAGCUUCCCCGCAGGACAAAUGAAACUCCCAUUAAGCUUCAAAUCCACCAAAGUAGAGUCUCAUCUCACUGAACUCUGCCAUCGACUAUCGACGUUGCAGCCAUUCCGAUUGAUGUCCAAUUCAUUCCAACUGCCGUCACUUCCAUCCUCUGCGACCACCAUCCGCUUCCUCACCCGAUCGGAGAUAGCUUCUGUGAAGUUCUGCCGCAAUCCCUCCGUUCACCGACAACGCCACCAUCUAGCAGUUACACUGAACCACCGAGAGGAUGGCAUCUUCCGGUUGACCGUGGCCGAUCACGAGGUGCGCAAGCUUCUGAACCUAACCGGAGGGGACCGAGGAUGGCAGGCUCUAGUUUCGACGCUUAAUCGCACGAAUCGAUUCGAGUACGACCGCUUCCGUCCUGCAAGCGCAUUCCAGUUUCACCAGAUGAGUAUUAGCGAGAAAAUUUUGUACCAGUUUUUUGCCACAUCUCCGGAAUGUGGCCAGGGACCGGGAUGGGUGUUGCGUUUUGACGAUGUGAGGAACUAUUGCGAGGGGGAUGGUGUUCGAUUGGAAGAGUUUAACUGUUUUAGGCAUACGUAUGGUGGUGGUUUUAGUAAAGCUAAUGCCAGCGAUAUUGAUUUGAGCGAAGGACUGGAUCCCGCAAUUGUACAAAGAAUGAAAGAGAUUAAGCGGAAUGCGAGCCAUAUGCACCAAAUUUAAUAUAUUAUUUUUGAGCAUA